AUGGCUAACAGUGUAUCGCAACGGUCUACAUUUGUAAACAGUGCUGUAACUCUACUACGAGAUUAUGGUUUUGAUGGUUUAGAUUUAGAUUGGGAGUACCCAGCUCAGAGAGGUGGACUCAGCUAUGAUAAACACAACUUGGUAACAUUAUCACAGGAAAAAGUUGAACAGGGUUAUGAUGUUCCUAACUUAGAUAAAUAUUUGGAUUUUUACAACAUCAUGGCCUAUGAUUUUCAUGGUGGUUGGGAUGGUGUUACAGGUCAUAACAGUCCACUGUAUGCUAGUAGUCAAGACUUUGGUGAUGAUCUUUUCCUCAAUGUGAAUUACUCUGUUAACUAUUGGCGUACCUCUGGUGCCUCUAUAGGGAAACUUAUUGUUGGCUUGCCUGCGUAUGGUAGAACUUUUACAUUAUCAUCAUCAAGUAACUAUGGUGUUGGCGCACCUGCUAGUACAGGACCUGCUGGGACUUAUACACGUGAAGCUGGAUUCUUUUCUUAUUAUGAGAUUUGUAGUGAAAUUAAAAGAAGUGCUGGUAUAAGAGUAGUUGAUGACUAUAUGAAAACACCGUAUUUUGUGAAAGAUAAUGUAUGGAUUGGUUAUGAUGACAUACCAACUUUUCAAUUAAAGGCUAAUUUUAUCAAGGACAACCAGUUUGGUGGUAUGAUGGUUUGGUCUCUGGCCCUAGAUGAUUUUAAUAACGUUUGUGGAACCGGAGAAUAUCCCUUGAUUAAAGCUGCGUCCCAAACUCUGAACACACCAUCUGGUGUAGGAACAACCCAAUCCAACAACCAGCCUGAUACCAACACCAACCAACCAACCACCUCUAAACCAACAACUUCUGUUGUCGCUAAUAUACCUACUACUGCUAAGCCAAGUGCAGAUUCAUCUGAAGCUUUCAGCUGUAGUGGUAAGACAGAUGGUAGUUAUAGAGAUCCUAAAGAGUGUUCAGGAUUCUAUACUUGUAGUAACGGGAUUGAGCAUAAACAGACCUGUGCCCAUGGCUUACACUUUGAUACGAAAUCUGCCAUUUGUAACUGGGCAAACCAAGUCGAUUGCUAA